GGAGAGGAGAGGAGUUGAGAAGAGAGUAGAGUACCCACGGGUUGCCAGUCAGUCCCCUGCCGAUGAGGGGCAGUCCCUUCCUGUGGCCAAGACGCCAACAGGCCGUCGCCCUUGGUUCGGCACGCUGGGCGACGCUCCCUCACCCACCUCUGGAGUCCCUCGACGCCGUCUGGCGAGGUCCCGUACCUGCCGAGCGCGACUGAUGGCGAGAUGGCGACGGCCUGGAUCCUGCUGCCCAUGCCGCACCCGCCUCUGUGGCCGCUGGCGCUGCGAGGGAGCCCGCCGCGGCAGCUGCCUCCUUUCCUGCCCCCGGCGCCGUCGUCGCGGUCCCGAGCGGCUUGGGCUGCCUCCCUCCUCGUGCCGUCGAGGCUGCAGCUGCGCGCCCCACCAGGCCUGGCGCGGCGUCGCGUGCCUCCCGAGCCCCCAGGCCUCCCCGGCGGUGGUGCGGGCGCGGGCCAGGCGUCCGCGGUGGCCGCGUCCUUCCCGGGCUCGACGGCGGCGCUCCCGCUGUCGCCGGAGCGCUCGGGGAGGCUGGACGUCGCCAGACUGGCGGUGGCCGUAGCUGCAGCACCUCUGGCAGCCGAGCAUGGUGUCGGGCUCGGGGGCAGGCCGCCCUGGUCCAGCGAUGGAUGCGCCGCAGCACAGAGGAGAACACAGUAGGAUGGA